CCAACUGACACAUUGUCAGUCGUCGUCAGUCUCACGAGGCCUCACUAAAGGUGAGUGUUUCUGGACGUGGACAUCGGAGGUCCCUCCCUCGCUGGGACUGUCCUGAGGAACCUCCCAAUGGCUGACAGGUAAAGGUGACGCUCCCAUUUGGAAAUCUACCGGAUUACUGUCAUGAUAUUUUGUGUGUGGGGGGCGGGGUCAAGUCCCAGGAACAACUGAACGAGCAACGAGUUGUUCUUAAUUUAAUCUUCAUCACAAUUCAAGUUGCAACAAAGGAACUGAAAUUGGCGUCCGAAGGAACAGUUAGUGCGUUAUGUUGUUCCUUGCGAUAGCAGAUAAUAUCUUUACCGCUUUACAAUAUUCCAGUGCUCGUCCGUGUAGGGCUGACAUGAGGUGGGGGCCAAAGACGUGAGGUGCCUCCAGUCCAGCCAAUAGGGUCAAUGGGUGGUCCCUCUGGAUUCCCUGGCCCUCCCCCCUCCCUCACCCCCGGUGGAACCCCUCUCUUCCUGCACGCUGGCUUCAACCCCACACAGCCUCCAGGUUUCCCUCAUCCAGUAGUGGGUGGACCAGGGAGCACCAAAGAUGACUCUGGAUCUAAAGACGAGGCUGGAGGGAGUGAUGGCCCCUCAGACACUCCAGACAUCCAGCUGGGAGCUCCAGGCCCAGGCGGACCAGGGGCCUUGAUAAGUCCUCCAGGCCCAGCAGUGUUACUGGGUACCAGGCCGGCCAUGCUGCCCAUGCAGCCUCGUCCGGGACUACCACCCCCUCACCUCCAGCCCCACUUCCCCCCUCACCUCCCUCCCCCCAACAUGCCUCCAAUGAUGAUGGGCCCCAGGGGCCCCAACCCUAUGUUUCCCCCCAGGGGGCGCCCUCCAGGUGGGUUCAGGAUGCCCAUGGGCCACCAGUCCAUGGAGGACUUUCCUCACGGACCCCCCAGACAUCCCAUCCAGCCUGGACCCCCCAGACAUCCCUUCCAGCCUGGACCCCCCAGACAUCCCUUCCAGCCCGGACCCCCCGGGGAAGAAGAAGGCAACUGGGAGGGCGGGAGACACUUCAGGGGCGAGAGGCCAGGGUUUGGGGGACGUGACAGGGACGGAGGGAGGUUUGGGGAGCGGGGGAGAGGGUUUCCUAGAGGAGGAGGAGGAGGAGGGGGAAAUGGUCGGCCCAUAGAUGGGCCUGAGGGGAGCUUCAUGAACCGACGGGAUAGAUUUGAAUGGUGAUGAGGCAGGGCCAGGAAGGUUCAGCCGUAGAGACUGGGGGGUAAUCAUCCAGGGUCCUGUUCAGCAGGGAGAAAACGUUUUGGAACAGAGUGAAACGGGAAUGAACUACCUGAACUUGUCCAGUAAAAACCCAGAGUGUUUUUGUUUUGCUGAACAGAUGUCUGACCUGGAGAACAACUUGGAGACACACGCAGGAUCUCUGUUAGAACGACUUCUUAGUUCAGGACUAGGUUUAAUCUGUGUCUGGGGAAACCUACCCUAUCAGAAUAUCACAGUUUAAACCCAGUGGAAGUCUAAUUUUGAAGUCUGUUCAUGUGAAGACCUUUUGUCCUGCCCUUUUCAGCUGGUACGUUCUGACAGAAAACCACAGAGAGAAGAAUACUGAUUUGUAUAUAUUGUAUUUGUGCUGAUGGCCAAUAUUCUGUUUUUUUUUGUUGUAUAUUUUGAGUGAAUGUUUUGUUGUUUCUUCUCCAGGAAGUCUGUCAUUAAGGGCAGUGAGGAGAAACACAGUUGACCUGAAAACACCAUCAUCCUUGUAUUGAUGGGGGGGGGGUGUUGAAAACAUGAACAUCUUUUGCUUCAGAAUUUAUCAUUAGCAGUUUGUUUUUAGUAAACUAUUUUUGUACAAAU